AUGCAACACUGCGAUUAUUAUCUGUGCCUCACCAUCUACAUCGUCACCUUCAUCACCGGCUUCCCGGCCAACGUCUUGGCCUUCUACACACUCAGCCGCAAGAUUUGGAGAAAGCCGGCACCCAUCGACAUCCUCCUCCUCAACCUGAUCAUCUCAGACUUGCUCUUCCUCAUCUUCCUCCCCUUUAAGAUGCAAGAAGUGGCCAAUAAUAUGGUGUGGAAUAUCCACUACUUUCUAUGUCCGCUGUCUGGUUUUGUCUUCUACAUGACCAUCUACAACAGCACCUUCUUCUUGACCGCGGUGAGCGUGGAGCGGUACCUCGGCGUGGCGUUUCCAAUCCAGCACUCCCUGUGGAGAAGACCCAUCUACGCCGUGUUCGCCAGCAUCUUCAUCUGGGUGUUUUCCAUCCUCCAUCUCAGCAUCGUCUACAUCGUGCCCUUCUACAACCCAUCCGGGACGGUCCAGCCAUCCAGGAACGUCUGUUACGAGGGAUUCACCAACGCUCAACUCGAGAUCCUCUUGCCCGUACGCUUGGAGUUGUGCAUUGUCCUCUUCUGCGUUCCCUUACUUAUUUGCAGCUUCUGCUAUAUAAACUUCAUCCGCAUUCUUUCGAGGCUGCCAAACAUCGGCCGGCGGAGAAAGCUGCGGGCGAUUGGAUUGGCUUUGGGAACGUUGUUGGUGUUUGUGCUCUGUUUUGGACCCUACAACGUCUCCCAUGUUGUCGGCUUCAUAACCAAGUCAAGCCCUGCUUGGAGAGACAAAGCUCUUCUUCUCAGCACGUUCAAUGCUUGUUUGGACCCGAUUAUUUUUUACUUCACCUCUGCGGCUGUUAGAAACACACUUGGGGCGAUGGUGAGGGGCAUUUGGGGUAGAUGUUGGUGUCCACAAAUCCUAUGGAGCUCCAGGAAGGAACCUCCUAAAACUGAGAAAAACAGUCUCCCGAAGCCACAGGAGAUCACGAACGCACUUUGA